GUAUUAUGAACUGUAAAAUAUUCAAAUACCAAAUUGCAUGCAUACAUGCUUUAUCCUUCUCAUCUACACUACAGUAUUUUUUCAUCACUGUGUUGCUUAUGCUGCAAGAAAACCAAAACUCAUGAGCUACUCAGUGUCUCCACCCACCUUUCAGGUAUAUUUAUACAGAGUUUUAUCAGUGAGAGCUCACCGUCUUCAUCAUGAUCAUCAUCUCUCUGCUCCUGCUGGGCUCUCUGCUGCCACACCUGACUUUCACUGCUCGUGUGAAUGUGGGCAUAGUGAAUGGCACAGAAGCAAAACCCCACUCCAGACCUUACAUGGUUUCUCUUCAGAAGGACAAGACACAUGUCUGUGGUGGAUUCCUCAUCUCUGAUGAGUUUGUCUUGACUGCUGCACAUUGCAGAAAAGGAAAUGAGAUUCUGACUGUUGUGGUUGGUACUCAUGAUUUAAGGAACAGUAAGAGUUCUGAUCACAUCGGAGUGAAGAACUACAUCCCACAUGAGAACUCUACUCAUGACAUCAUGCUUUUAAGGCUACAGGAAAAACUCAACCUAAAUAACUAUGUUAACUGGAUAUCAUUACCAAAGGAUGGGGAAGAUGUAGAAAAUACUAACUGUAGCGUUGCAGGCUGGGGACAACUGCAGACUAACGGCCAAAACAGCAAUCAUCUAAUGGAGGCAAGCGUGUAUAUAUUGAAUAAUACGGAAUGUGAAAAAAAAUGGGGACCAAUCUACUCAGUCUCAAAGAUGAUGUGCACAGUUGGCCAUGGUGGAUCCUGCCGUUAUGACUCAGGAGGUCCUUUGGUUUGUGGAGACACUGCAGUUGGCAUCACAGCUUUUGGAAAUAGAUUUCAGUGCAAUUCACCUCAGUAUCCUAAUGUGUAUACUAAGAUUUCACCAUAUAUUCAAUGGAUCAACAGCAUAAUUAGAAAUGUGAAAUGAGUUAAGUUCUUGAAUUCCUCUGCAUAACCUCUUUCAGUAAAAGUAUUACCUGGCAAUCAUCAAUCAUUCAAAGUGUCUU